AUGUUUAGAAUGCUGGAAAGCUUCACUGCAGCAAUCGCAGGAUCUUAUAACAAGGAUGGGCCUUAUUCGCAUGAACAAUCGCUCGGGGCCAUUGUUAGGCAUGGGCAUGAUUUGGAAAUUUUAUUGAAUGCAAUGGAGUCUGUUUUUACUGAUCACCGUGAUGAAGGUCUGGGGCUUUUAAAAGAAAUAGAAAGAGAUCCCACCAGUGACCCUGUAAUUGUGAACCUAGGGCUUGGGGUACUUUACUAUGUGGAGGCGAUGAUGGAAUUUGAUACUGAAUGCAUAAAGAGGGCUUCUCAAACUUUACAUGGUGCGGAGCGUCUUGCUAUCAAGGCUAAGGUAAGAGCUGAACAUUUGGGAUUUAGUAUAAGCGGUUUUUAUGCUCCGGGUACGGAAUAUGCGUUGUAUUAUACGGAGGCAUGUUUGUUACAAGCUCUUAUGAUGAUGCUAAGUCCUAGUGUUGUGGAAAAUACCAAAGCUUUGUUUAAGUUCCGUAAAGCGUAUCAGAUGUUGCGAGAACUACAUGAAAGGGUGAAUAAGGCUGAGGAUAAGGCUGAGGAUUCCAAGUGGAAAAUGUCCCAUCUCCCACAGGGGGAGCGGUCCAGGGCAAGUUCGGAGUCCACGAACACUUCGACAAGUGUUUUUGGCUCUUCUAAAUUGUACGAAGGUAAGCUUGAUAAUGAAAUUCUUGCGUUAAUGACACAUACUUAUAAGUUGCGAACAGCUAGGUUACGUGAUGGUGGGGUGGGUAGUGAUUCUCUUGCUGGAGCAGGUAUAGCUGUUGAAACCUUGAAGGACUUGUCAGGAACAGAAAUCAACGGGUCAACAAUUGAUAUUAUGAGCAUUGCAGGAGAAAACCAGAAAACCAUUCGAGAUUUUAUAAACUCCGGUGUUGAUUUGUGCUUUGGUAUCCAACAAGUUGUGCUUUCUUUACUGCCACCUACACUCGAAACCGUACUUUUUAUCAUUGGAUUCCGUGGUGCUCGUAGUGAAGGCCUGAGACUUGUUUGGGAGGCAACGAAAUACCGCGAUGUACAUGGUGCAGUCGCUCUGUUUGGGUUGUUAAUUUACUAUGAGGGUCCAACACCUUCUGUAGAUUCAGAAUUUGAUGUACCUCCCUCGAAGCUUAAUAAGCAGGACCAGGGAACAAGCCGUGCCCAAGACGACUUGGGUGUUUUUACCUUAAUAAAGCCUACAAAUAUGCUAGAAGAGGCUUUGCACGAAGUCAGACGGCGUUCCCCAAAAAGUCCCAUUUGGCUGCUCCAAGAAUCUCGUAUUCUGUCUUCCAAAGGUAAACAUCAGGAAGCCAUAGAUUUAUCAUACUCUAUAGAUGCAUCGAAAAUUGGGAUGCCACAGGUCAAAACUUUCUUAAUAUUUGACCGCAUCAAUAAUCUAGUUGCUGUGCAGGAAUAUGAGAAAGCUGCUGAAGAUUCUCUGUCAUUGACAGAUGUGGCCCCUUCGAAUAAAGCGUUUUUCACGUAUUACGCUGGCUGUUGUUACCUGGAAUGUUUUAGACUCUGUGAAUUAGACUUGUUGGAUAGAAAGAAGCAGGAUUUUUAUCGGAAAAGAGCUAAUGAUCUCAUCUUCUCUUCAAUAUCUUUCUUCCCAGAAAAAUUUGGUUGCAGAGUGUUUCCAUUGGAUAGAUUUGUAUUACGAAAGGUGCGAAAGUUCCAGGAAACCCAAAAACGACUAGGUUUAAAGGAACCCAUUUCCGCAAUUGCUAUCUCACCCGUACAUGAAUUGAAUUACUUGUUUACUGGGUUUGGUAGAAUGACAACAGAACACACUAAAAUGACGUAUAAGGUGUUAACGGAGUACACAAAUCCAGCGAUCAACGCCGGAGAUCCCAAUGAAGAAAUGAUAAGACAAUUUUUGUUAGCUUUAUGUUUCAGGAAUUUGGGAAGUAUCGAUACUGGAUGUAGGAUACUAGAUGAAAAACUGAUCCCAUUGGUAUGUAGAAUUCAUACCAAUGGUAAAGUUAAGUACAUCAAGAAUACCGCAGACCCUUGGCUCUACCCUACAAUCCUAUACGAGCGUGCCUUGUUUUGUUGGAAACUUAAGGGACUUGAUGGUGUUAAAGAAGCUAGGGAAUGGUUGUAUAGAGCGCAGAAUUACAUGGAUGAUUAUGAACUAAGUAGUCGUAUUGGUUUGAAGAUUAAAGUUUCACUUGAUAAAUUACUUGAAGUUACUGUGUAA